UGUAUAUUCAGUACUCACACAGCGCUGCAGUGAACUGGAGCUCAGUGCUCGGUUUGGCUCGACUGGAUGCGGGGCUAAUCCCGGGGCAGGUUGCGGGUCUGGGUGCGGGCUAAUUCUGGGGCAGGUGUAAGGCUUCGUGCAGGCUGGUUGUGGUGCUAGGUGCGGGGCUGAGUGCGGGUUGAUACCCGGGGCUGGAUGCGGGGAUAGGUGCGGGACUGGGUGCGGGCUGAUCUCUGUCUGAAAUGCAGAGAUUUAUCCGCCAUGAGUUCAAAUUUCGGCUUAUCGAGGAGUUUAAGGAGAACCGGGAGCUUCCCUUCCGCGCGCACCGUGAGGAUGGUCAUACUGGGACAGUCUGCAGUGGGCAAAACAGCUCUGGCUGUUCGAUUUAUCACCAAGAGGUUUAUAGGAGAGUACGAUCCAACUCUGGAAACCAUCUACAGACACGAGGCGACUGUUGGAGGGGAAGCCGUCGUCUUUGAGAUACUAGACACUGCAGGACAGGAGGAAGAUGCGCUGAUGGUGGAGGAAAAGAUCAAGUGGGGCGAUGGCUUUAUCAUCGUUUACUCUGUGACGGAUCGCUGCAGCUUCGAUGAGGUCAUGCGCCUUUGUUUCCUAGUGAACCAUAUACACGCGGCGGGUGGUAGGCGGAGCUGCCCCGAGCCCCCGCCCAUGCUCAUAGUGGCCAACAAAAAGGACUUGGAGUUCGACCGAAUGGUUUCCACGGAGGACGGGGAGGGUCUGUCUCGUGGACUGAAGGUUCCACUGCAUGAGGUCUCGGUGAGGGACGGGUGGGAGGAGACGGCGGGAGUGUUCCACACCCUCUACACUGAUGUAGUUCAGCAGAUGGACUCGUCUCCACCUUCUUUCCGCAGGCGCACCGUCUCUAGACUGAUGGAUAAAAUUCCCAGAAUCCACUCCAACUCUGCGCUGGCCUCUACCGGCCGCAGCUUUAGCUUCAGCUCCUUUAGAGACCUGCUGCCUGACUGAGAGCCUGAGAUCUUUUGCCUAACUGAGACCCUAAGACCUUUUUCCUUCAGAGAUCUUCUGCCUGACUGAGACCCUAAGACCUUUUUCCUUCAGAGAUCUUCUGCCUGACUGAGACCCUGAGACCUUUUUCCUUCAGAGAUCUUCUGCCUGACUGAGACCUUUUUCCUUCAGAGAUCUUCUGCCUGACUGAGACCCUAAAACCUUUGACCUAACUGAGACCUUCUGCCUGAUUGAGACCCUGAGACCUUUUUCCUUCAGAGAUCUUCUGCCUGACUUAGACCCUAAAACCUUUUGCCUAACUAUGACCUUCUGCCCAAUUGAGACCCUGAGACCUUGUUCCUUCAGAGACCUUCUGCCUGACUAAGACCUUGAGACCUUUUGCCUGACUGAAACCCUGUGACCUGCUGCUUGUCUCAGACCCUGAAACCUUCUGCUUAACUGUGACCUUUUGCCUGAUUGAGACACUGAGACCUUCUUCUUUCAGAGACCUGCUUGACUAAAACCUUCCUUCUUACUGAGACCCUGAGACCUGCUGCCUGACUAAUAGCCUGAUACCUACUGCCUAACUGAGACCUUCCUCCUUCAGAGACCUGCUGCCUGACUGAGACCUUCUUCUUUACUGAGACCUUCUGCCUUCAGAGGCCUUCUGCCUAACUGAGACCUUCUGCCUAAUUGGGACCCUGCGACCUUCUGCCUUCAGAUACCUUUUGCCUGACUGAGACCUGCUGUCUAUCUGAUUUUCUGAUGCUGGUUCGGACGUUUGCUGAAUACGGGUGAAACAGUGACAGUUGGUGUGUAGCUCUGAGAUCAGUCUUCACAAUAUUGAUACUCCAGGAUGAGCCUCCUGAUCACCUCCACAUACCAGUGUUGGGACCGAUCAAUGGAUUUUUAAUAUUAUCGAAAUUCUGCAGUAAUGAUAGGAAUCAUUCCUAAGCAGUUUUCACAAUCAGCAGUAAAUGAGAUUAGAUAAAAUGUGCAUCUGUAAAACAGUUCAGUAAUAAAUAUAAUAAAAAUCCAGAAUUUGUGUUUUUUUAUCCAUUAGCCCUAGAAUCCUGUCCAAUCACUUUGCCCAUUACUAGUUUACCUUUAUUCUAGUAAUUUCAUAUUCUGAUCUGAUUAAACUUGUUUUUCAAUACAGUAUUAUGCAAAAGUUUGGACAUCCCUGUUUUAAUGGCAUAUGUUGAUG